AUUAGACGUAAGCAAAAAUAUGAACAACGAGAAAACUUGCUUAAUUACCUAAUUUCAACUUUCGAAAAAUUAGAUGAUGAUGAUUUCAAUUAUAUCAUAAAAAAAAUAAUUGAAUCUCAAAAAAUGAACACUUGUAUUCAAGCAAAACGAAAUCGUGAAGGAGAAAUAAUCUCUACCUAUUUACAAAAAAAGGCGUGUGAAUUUUUAAAUACUACGAGAGCCAAACAAUCUAAGCAAAAUCAAAUUUCAAUAAUUCGCUUUUCAAUUCGUAAAGCAAAAAAAAUUUGUCCUGUCCAAUUCCGGCAUGCAGCAAGUAAAUUGUUUAAAAUUAAUAAUAAUGAAUAUGAUGUGAGAUUUGUAAAAUUAGCUACCAACAUUAGUACUAUAGGACAAACCUCAAUAAGUGCAACAGUAGAGAUUACUAAAGCCGUUUAUCAGUUUGUAACUAGAAAAAUGCCACCGCAUUGGAUAACAGCAAGAACUUUAGCACAAUGGAAUAAUGAAAUAGCAGCUGUGUCUUUCGCUCAAAACCAUCCCAUUGAAGAAAAUAUUUAUGAAUUAUUUGGCAAUGAAUUAACUGAUGCAGAAUGUGAGCUAAAUGUAGUAGAUUUUGAAAAUUUUUGUACAUCAUUACAUACUGGAAUAGAAAGCGGUGUAAAUGGGCCUGAAUUUGCACGUGCUUUUUUAGCAGUAUUUUUCAAUAAAAUUUUUUUAAAAGCACCUACUUUAAAUAAGGUCUCUUAUAUCAAGGCUUUGAAAGAAGACCUGUCUAAUGGACAUUCAAAUACUUUCGGGCCACUAGAGGCAUUAUCACAACGUGAUUUUUUUGAACAAUUUGAAGCCUUUGCUAAUUCCGAUAUAGUAGAACCAGUAAAGUUUCCUCAUGUAUAUGAAUUUAUUAAAUUCCGUAUAUGGAGCAUUACAGUCCAUCAGCAACAACUGGAAGGGCUAUUCAAUCGAUAUGACAUGAAGGUUCAUCCAAAUAUGAAUAUACAAUUACAGGAAUCACGUAUUCAGCUUUCGGGUUUGGAUGGUGGAGCUCAAGAAAUUUCACAAGAUAUAUUGCGAGAUAUCUGGAAAAACAUUAACAAUUCUAAAGUUAAUGAGCAAUUAGAUUUAGAAAGUAGUGAAAUUUCUAAAGAAGAAAAGGCUCAUGAAAUUCUUAGUAGCUUUCUUACCUGGCGACGUAACAAAAAAACCACAAACACAGUAAGCCAUACUACUCAAGAACAAAUAGAUCUUUAA